AUGAAGCAAUUAUCAGUCGCGAUACCCAUCGUCACGUCCAUCGCCGCGUUUGUGCUGGUGUUGAUCGCCCUCUUGGCGGGCUCCAACCAGGGCAGCCUGGAGGACUAUGACAUUAUCUCGAACCUCAUCAUGAAUGCCGCCAACGACGACGACCCCAAGCCGACGCAGACGUCUGACCUCUGCAGCCACGUCGGAGGCUUUCUGGGCAAGGCGUGCGCCACGGCUACCGCCGUCGCCGGCAGCAUCGAGAGCGACAUCGUCGCGCUGGGCAACGACAUUGCCAACGACAUCGCCGACCACCUGGCCGAGGAGCUGGGCAUCCACCAGUUCUACUCGGUCCACGCCCUGACCAUCUGCGAGGGCUACUACUCGCCCAACGCCACCGCCGUGGGCGCAACCCGCAACGUCACGUCCUGCUACAAGGCGCUGGACCAAGGAUACAAUGUCUCGGCCAUCUUCGACCACCAGCUGCAGGUCGGCCCGCUGGAGCUCAACCUGCUCGACCUGGGCUUCACUCGGGACCUGCAGGACGUCUUCGACGCGUUCAAGGACAUGACCAAGGCUUUCGUCAUCAUCUUGAGCCUGGGCGUGGGGUUGACGGGGCUCUCCAUGCUGGCGUCGGUGGGCGGGCUGUUUCGGCACGAGAAGCGCGGGCUGCUGCUGGCAAACAUUGUGUUGGCGGGGUUGGCCGCAGGCCUGCUGACCAUCAGCUCCGCCGUCGUCACCGUCGCCGCGAGUAAGGCGGCCUCCAAGGCCAACGAGCACGGCAACGACAUUGGCAUCAGCGCCACCGCCGGCUCCAAAUACACGGCCAUUAUCUGGGCCGCCGUCGGGCUCAUGUUUGUCACGUUGGGCUACUGGGUGUGGCAGCUCGUGCGCUUCCGCAGCGGCAAGACGAGCAAUCACCACAAGCGCUUCUCGCGCGAGACCGAGGCCAAGCCCGAGAUGGCCCCGUCGAACCUGCACGCGAUCAGCUUCUCAAGGUUGAGGGGAAGGCGCUGA